AUCAUGAGGAUGGCGCAGAACCUGGCAGCGUUUUGUUCCCCGGUGCACAGGGUCCCCAUGAGUUGGGUGCAGUGUGACUCAGUGGCAGCUAACAACAGCUCACUGUUUUAAGCCUAAGGCAGCAGGUGUGCAGGGUUUCGGGGGAGUUCCAUCAGCUCACUUUGCACUCUAGUCACAGGCUACGUGACCUUAGCCUGGUCACUUCAUCCCCCUGGGUCUCAGUUUGCACAUUUGUGGAAAGAGAAGAUUGGACCAGACUGUGGAUGUCACGUGGUCUAUGACUUCUUCCAUGCCUGCCUUGCAGUGUUUGCUAAUCACGUAGAAUACGCAUUGUCCCACUGAGCUACAGCCUCCGAAUCCUUCUCAUUCAUCCUCAGGCCUCUGAGCAACCACAUCUAAUUGAUGUGAAAGUGAAAUGAAAUCUAUUGGCCAUCCUGGACCGAUGAUUCCUAAGGUCCUUUUACACUCUUAAUAUUUUCUGAAAUUCCCAAAUCUAGGCCAGCCAUCUCCCCAAAUCACUUUAUUUAGAUGGUUUCAAUAGCAACCCAUGAGUGAAGAAAUUCAGAAAAUAUAUGGUUCCUGGCAGAGAAAAAAAACUCUGGGAGCAUGAUGGAGUGAGUCCUACUCAUCCUGUAUGUGAAGAGCACUGUGUGCUUAUAACUAUCUUUUAAAAAUUAAAAACCUUUCCUUCAAGUCAGUUCUGACUCAUGGUGACCCCACAUGUUACAGAGGACUGAGCUCCGUAGAGUUUUCUUCGCUGUAAUCUUUAUGGAAGCAGAUCACCAAGCCUUCUUCCACGGUGUCACUGGAUGGGUUCAAACCACCAACCUUUCGGUUAGCAGCUGAGUGCAAACUCAGCGACCUAUAAAACAGUGGCAACCACAUCCAGACAGGAGGGGCUCCCUCGAGGAUCUCAGAAGUGACUUUUCUCAUAUCGGGUCCUGCCUUCCCAAUUUGAGGACAUUUUGAUUUUCUCUGGGCAAGAGCACUCUUUUUUAACUCCCCACAAGGGACAGCCCAUUUGCAAAGGGUUGUAUUGCACAUGAAUUGUACUCAGAGAAAACUGGCAGUUUGAGGAGGAAAGAAAUGUACUUUGUCCUUUUUCUUGUGAAACGUCUAACAUUAAGUUAUUUAUUUAACCAUGGUUCCUAUGUGUGAGGUCUUACCAACGAGGGGGGUGUUUCGAACAUUUGUAUUAAUGUUUACAUUCCGUAGCUCAUAAUUCCUUGGCUGUUAACAACUGUGUCCUACCUCAGCGAGAGGCACAGCAAAGAUGGCCCUGGCAGCGACGGGGCUCCCUGAUAGAGUGAUUCUCAACAAUCACUUUCUUCCCGUUUGUGGCUGUUAUUCCAUGGACCCUUUUAACUCUCCUUCAGCUCUGGAAAGCAUGCCUCAGACUCCUCCCUUUUCAGCAAUGUUUGACAGCAGUGGUUACAACCGAAACCUCUAUCAGUCUACAGAAGACAGCUGUGGAGGGUUGUAUUACCAUGACAACAACCUCCUUUCUGGAUCUCUGGAAGCACUCAUCCAGCACUUAGUACCGAACGUGGAUUACUAUCCAGAUAGAACGUACAUAUUUACCUUCCUACUCAGUUCUCGGUUAUUUAUGCAUCCAUAUGAGCUAAUGGCCAAAGUUUGCCACCUGUGUGUUGAACACCAGAGACUAAGUGAUCCUAGCAGCGAUAAGAACCAGAUAAGAAAAAUUGCACCGAAAAUCCUUCAACUCCUGACAGAAUGGACAGAAACAUUUCCUUAUGAUUUUCGGGAUGAAAGAAUGAUGAGAAACUUGAAAGAUCUGGCUCAUCGAAUAGCCAGUGGCGAGGAGACAUAUCGGAAGAAUGUCCAACAGAUAAUCCAGUGUCUCAUCCGCAAGCUUGCUACUCUUAGCCAGUACGAGGAAGUCCUGGCAAAAAUCAGUGCCACAUCCACAGAUCGACUCACGGUUCUCAAGACCAAGCCACAGUCCAUACAACGGGACAUCAUUACUGUCUGCAGUGACCCUUACACGUUGGCCCAGCAGCUGACUCACAUAGAGCUGGAGAGGCUCAAUUAUAUUGGGCCAGAAGAAUUUGUUCAAGCAUUUGUGCAGAAGGACCCUUUGGACAAUGACAAGACUUGCUACAGUGACCGAAAGAAAACACGAAACUUAGAAGCUUAUGUCGAAUGGUUUAACCGCCUCAGCUAUUUAGUUGCUACAGAAAUCUGCAUGCCUGUAAAGAAGAAACACCGAGCAAGAAUGAUUGAGUAUUUCAUUGACGUAGCUCGGGAGUGUUUUAAUAUUGGCAAUUUUAACUCGUUGAUGGCAAUAAUCUCUGGCAUGAAUAUGAGCCCAGUCUCUCGACUAAAGAAAACUUGGGCCAAAGUGAAGACUGCGAAGUUUGACAUUCUUGAGCAUCAGAUGGACCCUUCAAGCAAUUUCUAUAAUUACCGAACAGCUCUUCGUGGGGCAGCACAAAGGUCUUUAACUGCUCAUAGUAGUAGAGAGAAGAUUGUGAUACCCUUCUUCAGUCUCUUAAUCAAAGAUAUUUAUUUCCUCAAUGAAGGCUGUGCCAACCGCCUUCCAAAUGGCCAUGUCAAUUUUGAGAAAUUUUGGGAACUGGCCAAGCAAGUGAGUGAAUUCAUGACAUGGAAACAAGUAGAGUGUCCAUUUGAGAGGGAUCGGAAGAUCUUACAGUACCUGCUCACAGUACCAGUCUUCAGUGAAGAUGCUCUUUACUUGGCUUCCUAUGAGAGUGAAGGACCUGAAAAUCAUAUAGAGAAAGACAGAUGGAAGUCUUUAAGGUCAAGCCUCUUAGGCAGAGUUUAACAUAACGACGUGCUGACCGCCACUGCCGCCGCCACUGCCGCCGCUGCACUGACAUCACGCAGAUCAUUGAGGGGCUGGUCUUUAUUUUCUGGUAUCUAGAACCACGAAGAAUCCUGAGUACCCCGCCGUCGUUGGAGUGCUCCGGUCAGCAAAGAAAGCAGGCUUACUCCAGAGCAGAUGGGGAACUUAUUUCCCACAGCUGACAGAUUGACUCAGAUGUUGAGAGACUGAAAUGUUCACUGAAGACGCUUGAGAAAGAAUCCUCUAAAGAUCCCAGCUCUGCACAUGAUUCAUCUCCUGGAAUUUCCAUGUGAAUCACAGCACUGCACCUGGAUAGAGCUUUCUUUUGUGUAUGUGUUUGUUUGGUUGAACAUUCGCUGCUAAUGGGACUUGCCCAGCUGAGUGCUGGCGCUUAGGAAGCCCAUGUUUCUUUGUUAACUUAAAUGAAAAAGGGAGAGGAGGGAGGGGAAAAAACCCCUCCAGUGAGGUCCCAAAACUCAACACAGUCAGUAUUGCCAGAGAAGGAAGACGGGGUUGGAUGCUUCCCGUUAGUGUCUGUUGUGUUGUGAAUUCCUCUCCUCCCUCUUCCUACAAGAUUUUGAGUUGGCUGCUGGUUAGCAAACUCAUUUUUACCCAUAUAAGUUAUUUAAUAUAAUAAUGAAGCGCAACACUGUGGUAGGAAAAUAGCCACUAGGAGGAAAGAAAGAAAAAAAGCAGAGUUUGUUGUUGGACUGCUUAAUGUUCUAGAAGGACUUUUUAUUUUCUUUGCCCUUCUGAGCUGUUUACAACCGACCAGUGUAUUCUACAGAUGUAUUUUUCAGUAGUUUUUUGUUACUGAGUUUUUUUUUUCUCUUGUAAAUUUUUUUUUCUCUUGUAAAUUUAAAUUAUCUGCAUUAAGGGUCUUGAAAAACCCUGUGGCAUAAUUACAAUUUCAAUUUUUUUUUUUAACAGUUUUUUUUUUUUUUCAUUACCUUUUGGAGCCUGUUGAUGACUAAACAGGUGAAGAGAAUAAAUGGAAACUCGAACCCUCUCCACUACAGCAGUGAACAAAACUAGUGAAAAAGACCUUGCUGUUCACUCAGUGCUUGUGAAAUAGUUCACCUUGUUAAACAUCUAAAUGAGCCUGUAGUUGCCCUGCAAACUUAGCCAGUAUAUUUAUUUACUCUAGGAGAAACUGUAGAGUAGUAACCUGUGCUAAUAGAAAAAAACAAAAACAACACCAUGUGGAAAACAGAGAUGUAUUUAAAAAUGUAAUGACUUGGUUAAAAAAAAAAAAACA